UUGGAGGCCAGAUUUCCACCCCAGGCUGAGCCUCUAAAAUGCAGGCCUCCGACGCUCGGUCUGUGCACCUGAGUGAAUGGCAGAAGAACUACUUUGCAGUUACAUCUGGCACGUGCACAGCCGGUGAGAAGGCGGACGCCUACCGGGCGCAGAUACUGCGCAUUCAGUAUGCGCAGGCCAAUGCCGAGAUCUCCCAGGCCUGUGCUUCUAGGCUGUUCAAAAAGUACGCAGAGAAAUACUCUGCAAUCGUUGAUUCAGACAAUGUUGGAACUGGUUUGAAUAACUAUGCAGAAAGCAUUUUAACUUUAGCAAGAUUUCAGCAAACCAACAGUGACAAGUGGCAGUCCGGGUUGUCAGUCACGAACGUUUUCCAAAUGAGCAGCGUGCAGGAGAUGAUGAGGGCUGGCGCCAAGUUCCGAGACUCCCUGCUGGCCCCUGCUGACGCUGCGGUGGCAAUCCACAAAGAGGCCGUGAGCUUCGGCCCUUCGGAAUUCAGUGUUUGUCAUGGCUCUGGGGAGAGUGACCCAUCGGCUGACCUAGCUCGUGGUACAGACAGGACCCGAGACGUCCCAGAGGGCAGUGCGUUGGCCCCUCAGAAUGCCCAGCCUCCUGCGGUGCCUAACACCCCAAAGACGUGUCCCACGUUCUCAACACCUUUUGGUGACUUAGCUACCACCAAAUUUCAUGCCACACCAUUAUUUGGAAGUGUGAGAAAGGAAAAUAACAGCUCUCCAAAAGCCAGCACAGGACUGAGUAUGUUCCUCUCCAGUCAGUCCCGUUUUCCUUCUGGCGGUGAAAACCCCCGGGACGGGAUUGCUUUUUACGGUUCCGGCCCUGCCAAUGCCCCUGCGGCCCCAACCCUGAACACGGCUUUUAGCAAAACGGAAGAUAACGGCCGAAGAGAGGAGAGCAGCCUGCCGGCCUUCAAAACAGCCAAGGAGCAACUGUGGGCGGAGCAGCAGAAAAAGCUCCACCAGCCCCCGCGCGUGUCGGGGUCCUCCUACAGCGGUGUGAAGAAGUCUCUGGGCGCCAGCAGGUCCCGAGGGAUUUUCGGGAAGUUCGUCCCUCCUGUAGCUAAGCCGGACGGGGGGGACCUGAGUGGGGGCCUGCAGUACAGGCCCGAUGGUGCGGGGCCCACAGAGGCAGCACGCCCGGCCGAUGAGCGCCUCAAGAGCCUGGAGCCAAAGAUGAUCGAACUGAUUAUGAGCGAGAUUGUGGACCACGGGCCCCCGGUGCACUGGGAAGAUGUCGCCGGGGUAGAGUUCGCCAAAGCCACAAUAAAGGAGAUCGUCGUCUGGCCCAUGAUGAGGCCAGACAUCUUCACCGGGCUGCGAGGGCCGCCUAAAGGAAUCCUGCUCUUCGGUCCUCCCGGGACUGGGAAGACCCUGAUCGGCAAGUGCAUCGCCAGUCAGUCGGGGGCGACCUUCUUCAGUAUCUCUGCCUCCUCCUUGACCUCCAAGUGGGUGGGCGAGGGGGAGAAAAUGGUCCGUGCCCUGUUUGCUGUUGCCAGGUGUCAGCAGCCAGCCGUGAUAUUCAUCGACGAAAUCGAUUCCCUGUUAUCCCAGCGGGGAGAUGGUGAGCAUGAGUCUUCUAGGAGGAUAAAAACCGAGUUUCUGGUUCAGUUAGACGGGGCAACCACAUCUUCUGAAGAUCGCAUUCUAGUCGUGGGAGCAACCAAUCGGCCUCAGGAAAUCGAUGAGGCUGCCCGCAGGCGGUUGGUGAAAAGGCUCUAUAUCCCCCUCCCAGACGCCUCCGCCCGGCGACAGAUAGUGGUCAAUCUGAUGUCCAGGGAGCAGUGCCGCCUCAGCAAGGACGAGCUGGAGCUGGUGGUGCAGCGCUCAGAAGGGUUCUCGGGCGCCGAUGUGACGCAGCUGUGCCGAGAGGCGUCCCUGGGCCCCAUUCGCAGCUUGCAGACUGUGGACAUCGCCACGAUAGCGGCGGACCAGGUUCCCCCCAUAGCUUAUGUGGAUUUUGAAAACGCUUUUCGGACUGUGCGGCCUAGUGUGUCCCCCAAAGACCUGGAGCUUUACGAGAACUGGGACCGAACUUUUGGCUGCGGAAGGUAAAUGGGAUGCUGUGGCUCGAAGGAGGGCAUCUUUGUGGUGCAGUCUCCCCCGUUCGGGACAGGACACGGGCUCCAUUCUUGGUGCUUGCAGUGCGUAUUCUGAACCUGAUGCCGCCAGUAACGUGGA